UUUAUGUGUGACACUGUUUUCUCUGUUUUAGAAUACUGAUUCACGAGCUGUCAUUCCUGCAUUCAGAGCUUUACUGAUUUGACUACAAUUGCUGCACUUUCUACCUUGGUUCCUUGUGUUUUCGAUUUUUCUACAGAGAGCAGUUCAUAUAUAUUCUUUCAUCAAGGCUGUUACUUUUAUUGCACUUUUUCUGUGUUCUGCCUUCUUUUUCAUAAGGCAAUUUUUAGUUUAUAGAUAUAUAUAGUUAGAUAGAUUAGAUAUAGAUUAGGAGAUUAGAUAUAGAUUAGUUUAUAGAUAUCUUAUAGAUUUUUUGUGCUCUGUGUUUUACUUCCUAUAGAGGGCAUUACAUUUUUACUUGUAUUGUUCUUAAAAAACAUAUUGUUUAUUGUAUUGUACAAUUGCAUUUUACCAUUUAAAUUUAUACAUAUUCUCUUGCAUUGUUGUUAAACUGUUUUCUCUUCUUUAAGCUACUCUACAGGUUUUAUCUUUGCAGGCUCAACAGGAAACAUAUAUCAGGGAAAGAUGCCACGGAAAGGUAAGAGAUCUCAGGCUCAGAAGAUGCGUCGGAGAAAGGUGGACCUGGACUUUACCAGACUUUCCAGGACUAACAAGGUUGAACCGGCAAGCAUCCCUACUGGCGCAGCUCAUGUAUCUGACAGGCUACAUGUAGAAGGCUGUGAUAGUACACCCAUAAUUUUGUCUGUGCAGGCGUCCCAUUGCCAGGGGGAUAUAAGGUAUGGUGUUUUCUCAAGGAAUCAUCAGUGCACAUGUGUAGCAUUAAUAUUCUUGGCCAACCACAGUGAAGGUGUUCAGUUUGGGAUGUCUGAUCUUGAUAGAGUUUUAGAGGAGGGGGAUGCUUUGUACGUUGGUGUUAAAAUGCAGCUUAUGCAUGAACAAAGAUUUCUUCAGAACAAUCUGGCUGUGGAGGACGUACCACUAAACGUUUCAACAUUUACCCAAACAUACCGUGUGCAGAAGUCUGAACUCAACAUGGGAUACCUCAGAGCCAGAGGGAACUCUGGCACAGAAGAAUGGUUUAUUCCUCUUGCUGAAAGACUGCAGUGUCUUUCAACUACUGUUAGCCUCGCGUUGCUCAUUGUUUCUGUGGAAUGCAUCGCUCUGUUCAGAGACAGAUCUGGAAGAUAUGGAUUCUUUGAUUCACACUCAAGGACUGCUGAAGGUUUGCGCCAUCCUACUGGUGCUGGAACUGCUGUCAUGUUAACUUUUACCCACCUAAGUGACAUGAUAGACAGAAUUCUCAGGAUCUUUCAGGAUCACCCUGAUAAUGCCAGCUAUGAAUUUUUGCCUGUGUCAUUUGAAAUGGAGCAGCAAUCUGGCAAACAGUCAGCACCAUCAGCUUGUAUUGAAGUCUCACAAAUUAAUUUGCCUUCUCCAAAAUCAGGUAACAUUGUUGAAGCCCAAAGCUCAGAAAUUCUUGUUUUUAAUGAAGAUGAAAAGAAGCAUGUGAUGAAAACAAAUAAGCAACGAAGAAGAAAAGUAAAGAGGAAAUUAACUGCACACCAAAAACAACAAAUAGAAUGCAAGGACAAAACUGCAUCUCAAGAAGUCAGAAAAUUGAAAAAAAGGGAAUAUGAAAAAGAGAGAUAUGUUACCUGUUUAAAAUAUCGACUUCAGAGAAAGGAGGCUAUGAAGGAGCGUAUGAAGGAGCGAUAUAAUCAAGAUCCUCAAUUCAGGAAGAAAAUUCAACAUUAUAUGAUGAGAAGGUAUAACACAUGUGCUGUUACUCAGACAAAGAAGAAAGAGUACAUAGUGAGGAGGUACAGCAUGGAUACUGUCUUUAAGAGGAAGAUGAAAGAGUACAUGGUGAGGAGGUACAACGUGGAUACUGUUUUUCAGAGAAAGACGAAAGAGUACAUGAUGAGGAGGUACAACACGGAUACUGUUUUUCAGAGGAAGAUGAAGGAGUACAUGGUGAGGAGGUACAACAAGGAUACUAUCGUUCAGAAGAAGAUGAAAGAGUACAUGGUCAAGAGAUAUGCAGAUGACCCAGAGUUUAGAGCACGUCACAUCUUAAGAUGUACCUUGUUCAAAAGACAGAAAUGUGUCAGUGAUGUUGCAUACCAUGUUUAUCAUAAAUUGCAAUGUGCACUUCGAAUCAAAAGGAAAUAUAAACUUCACAUCAGUUCCAGACCGGAAACACCUCAGCCUGUGGUCAGCAAAGUAAUGCAAAGUGCCAUAAAUGCAUUCAGAUGUAACAUUCAGCAAGGCCCCACACAUGUCUGCACAGUCUGUCACAGAGCUAUGUUUCCAAAUCAAGUCAGAGUCUGUAACAGAAGUUGUUACAUUAAAAAUCCACAUAUUGUGGCAUCUUGCUUAACCGGGCAAUAUGUUCACAUUUGUGACAGUAGCUGCAGAGAUUCUUGUGUGGUUCCAGAACAAAGAAGAAAGGAAUGGAUUUGCCACACUUGUGAUAGCCAUCUGAAGAGAGGAAGCAUGUCUUCAAUUGCUGUGGCAAACAAACUUGAAUUGGCACACAUCCCUGCAGAAUUAAUGGAAUUAAAUGUGCUUGAACGUCAACUCAUUGCCAAAAUUGUACCGUUUGCAAAAAUUGUUGCACUGCCUAAAGGACAACAAAGAGCAGUGCAUGGGGCGGUUGUGUGUGUGCCGUCUGAGGUGGAAAAGACGGUAAAUUGUCUACCAAGAGGCAGUAAUGAGUCGCAACUCCUACAGGUGAAGCUUAAAAGACACGUCCAAUUUAAAGGAUACCAGCAUUUUCACACUGUGAAUAUGCACAACAUCAUUGCAGCUUUAUUAAAGCUAAAAGCGAUUCACUCCGAAUACAAGGAUAUCUCUAUUAGAGAAAAUUCAACAUUUGAAAGUCACCUUGAUGAAGAAAUUGACACAGAACAGCAACAAGACGUCAGUGUUUCUGAGGAGCAUAAGCAACAUGUGAGUGAAGAGGAACAGGAUGAACUUAGACCUGGCCUCACGCUGGACACAUGUAUGCAGCCACCAGACCUCGGCCAGGAGAUUUUAUCAUAUGGCGAGGGAAUAUUCAGCAUUGCACCUGCUCAAGGAAAGAAACCUGUUGGGUUUUUCAAAAUCCCAAAGCUGGAAUCCAUGGCGUUUCCCGUUCAGUUCCCUACUGGAGAAAACACAAUUGAUGAGGCAAGAGAAUUAGCAUUAUCUCCAAGUAUGUAUUUCAAUGCUAGAUUGCUCUCUGCCGACACACGUUUUGCUAGAGAUCAAAGUUACCUUUUCUUUGCACAGUUUGCAACAGAAACCCAUAUGGCCAGAAACAGCAUGACUGUUCAGUUGCGGAAAGGCAAACCAAUCACAAAAGAUGGCCGAAGAAUUUCGAAUAGGUUGCUUCAAGAUAACCGUGAAGUUGAAAGACUGGUGCGCAACAAAGACGCCACGCGGUUCAUGCAACCCCUUAGAGGCUCGCCAUCUUAUUGGGAGAAAACUCUAAGAGACCUACAAGCCAUGAUCCGGCAGUUGGGAACCCCCACAUUUUUUUGCACAUUCAGUGCAGCCGAAAUGCGAUGGCCUGAAGUAAUAACGGCAAUCAAGGCGCAGCAAGGUGAAGAGGUUGAUUUUUCAGAGCUUGACUGGAUGACAAAAUGUGAAAUCCUUCGAAGUAACCCUGUUACUGUCAUGCGGAUGUUUGAGAAACGAGUGGAUGCGCUAAUGACUCAACUGCUUUUGUCACCUGCCCAACCCAUUGGAAAGGUCAAGGAUUUCUUUUACAGAGUUGAGUUUCAAGCAAGAGGUAGCCCACAUAUACAUCUGCUUGCAUGGGUAGAAGAUGCACCUGAGUUUGAAAGCGAUUCUGAUGAAGUUGUUUGUGGCUUUAUUGACCGCUACAUAACAUGCAGGCUCCCUGAUUCCAUGGCUGAUCCUGAACUUCAUCAGAUUGUCACAGAGGUUCAACUUCACAGCAGGAAACACUCCAAGUCAUGCAAGAAAGGAAAUGUGUUGUGUAGGUUUGGGUUCCCUAAACUACCAAUGUCUGACACCACAAUAACUCGUCCGCGACCCCAACGACCUGAAGAAGAGGAAAACGAAGAGGAUAACCACCAAGACAGAAGAAAGUCACGAUCCGAUGCUGUUCAAAAAGCAAUGAGUGAUGCUAGGAUGAAACUCAAGCCAUUGUGGGAUUUGCUGAAUGAUCCCCAAGUCACCUUUGAAAACUUGUCUGAGCUACUGACAAAAUGUAACUUGUCCAUGGAGGAUUACAUGAAGUACACCACGGAGUUGUCCACAUCUAGUGUCAUUUUGAUCAAACGUGAUCCAAAGGAGGUUUGGGUUAAUGGAUACAAUCCGGAUUUGUUGAGAGCAUGGAAUGCUAACAUGGACAUUCAGUACAUACUUGACCCUUACAGCUGCAUCAUGUAUAUGCUGUCCUAUAUUUCCAAACCAGAGCAUGAAAUGAACGAGAUGCUGAAGAACGUAAUCAAAGCAGUGCGUGAAACAGAUGUGAACGAAGAGGAUGAAAUGAAGCACAUUAUGCAAGCCUAUUCGAAACAACGGCAAGUAAGCUCUCAGGAGUCUGUUGCACGAACAUGCAGCCUACCAAUGAAGAAGUGUUCGCGAAGUGUUGUGUUCGUACCAACCGACGAUGACGCUCUGAAGAUGAGUCUGCCCCUUAGUGUCCUAAUGAACAAAAAUCCAGAUUCAGAGGAUGUCUGGAUGUCAGGAAUAAUAGAUAAAUACAGAGCAAGGCCUCAAACACCGGAGUUUGAAAAGAUGUGUCUGGCAGACUUUGCUUCAAAUUACCGCAUUGUGUAUGGUCGGCAAACUAAAGGAAAGAAUGUGCAACGACUGCUCAACGAUAUGGGAUUUAUUCAGCAAAGAACUGUCGGUAAGGCUGCCGUUAUUCGAUACGCACGGUUUUCGGAGGAGAAACAACCGGAAAAGUUUUACGGAAGAUUAGUGAAACUUUAUGUGCCACAUCGUUUCAAUGCACAGCUGAAACCUCCAUCAUUUCCAACUUAUGAGCAGUUUUACAAGAGUGCAUUUGUAGAACUUCCUUCCCACCCUGGUCUCCGAAUGCCUGUAUGCGCAAUAGUGAAAACACACCAGGAGAAAUUCGAAAAACACAGUGAAGAAGUGGACAAAGCAAUUGAACAGUUGCAGCAGCAAGGCCCAUCUGAGAAUGCUUGGACAGCUUUUGCCCCUGAAGCUGAAGUGGAUAAUUUGGAGUGCAUUGCAGAACGAGAUGAUGUCAAUCCUGAUGAAGAGGAUAUGCAAGAUGAUGUGCCAGAAUACCAGAUUCUUCUUGAAGAUGGAGAUGGAGUCGUUCCUCAGAUAAAGGCACCACAGAUGAGUGUUGAAUUUGUCAGGAAGAUGUAUCAAAGUCUAAAUGAGACACAGGCAGCAAUAUUCUACAUUGUCUGUCAGUGGUGUCAGAAGCGCAUCUGGGGUCAUAAUCCGGAACAGUUUUUUUACUUUGUGUCAGGUGGUGCUGGUUGUGGAAAAUCACAUGUCAUUAAGUGCAUAUAUACGGAAGCAACCAAGAUCCUAAGACAACUGCCUCGACUUCAGGAGGAAGGGGAUCUCUCUAUGCCUACAGUGAUUUUGAGUGCAUUUACAGGAACAGCAGCAUUCAAUAUAUCUGGUAAAACACUGCAUUCCAUUUUAAAACUGCCAAGGAACUUAAAGCCACCUUAUCAAGGACUUGGGAAUGCUCUAGAUGAACUACGAGCAGAAUUAUGCAGUGUGGAGAUUCUCAUCAUUGAUGAAGUGUCCAUGAUUUCAAAGGAUCUUUUCGCCUAUGUAAACUGGAGACUUCAACAGAUCAGAGGCAGCAAGAAAGCAUUUGGAGGAAUCUCUGUUCUCGCUGUAGGAGACUUUUUCCAACUACCACCUCUUGGUAAAGCCAAACCGCUCUGUGUGUAUGAAGAUGAUGUUCUGGACUUCUGGAAGGACAGUUUUCAAAUAAUUACCCUUACAGAGAUCAUGCGUCAGAAGGAGGACCUUGCCUUUGCUGAGCUUUUAAACCGACUGCGAGUGAGGCAGAAGACUGAUGCUCUUAGAGAAGAAGACCGAGUUCUGUUACUCCAAGCUGUAAAGAACCCAGAAGACUGCCCUCAUGAUGCUCUGCACAUAUUUGCAACCAACAAGGAAGUUCACAUGCACAAUACUAAAACAAUACAGGCUAUUCACACUGGCAUCAUAACCAUUGAUGCCGAAGACUACAGGAAAGACCCAAGAACAGGAGUGAUGAAAAGACAAAAGAAACCUGUCACUGGAAAGAAGGAUGACUUGCUGGAUUCUAUACAAGUUGCAGUGGGAGCUCGUAUAAUGGUGACAAGGAAUCUGGAUGUUGAAGAUGGAAUUGUAAAUGGAUGUUUUGGUCAGAUUGUUAACAUUGUCACUAAAACAAGAGAUGGAAUCGCCACUGUACACAUGCUAGGACUUCAGCUCGACAAUCCAAAUGCAGGUCUGAAACACCGCAGAAGAGUGCAAGGUGAAGACGACAACUCUGUGUAUAUUGAGAGAUCUGAAGAAAGUCUGAGAAAAGGAACAGUUCGUCGUCAAUUUCCCAUCAAGCUCGCUUAUGCCUGCACAGCUCAUCAAAGUUCAAGGAAUGACUAUGCAGUCUGCCGUAGUGUCAUUGAAAAAGAUUUUUGAACCUGGAAUGGCCUACGUUGCUCUCAGCAGAACAACUUCACUUUUUGGAUUACAUAUUACAGACUUCGUUGAAAAGAAGAUUUAUGCUGAUCCUGAAAUCACAGCAUCAUUGCAGAACAUGAGCAAAGUGACAUUCAAAGGAAUCAUGCCACUUUUGCAACACAUAAGGGAAAUCAACCAGGACCAAACACUUAAAAUAGUUCACCACAACACGGAAGGACUGUCAUCUCACAUCGAGGAUAUCAGAUGCCAUCAUGAGCUACUUUUAUCGGAUAUUCUUUGCAUAACGGAAAGUCACUUGUCUGGCUCAUGUAUUCCACAACAUCUCCAGUUGGAAGGAUACAAGAUGUUUGCACGGAAUAGACAUGUCUCCUACUCAAUGCAUGCAGAAAUGGCAAAGAAAGACGGUGGUGGAGUUGCAAUAUUUUGCAAAGAAGAUAUUCAAGCUCAGUCCAGACAGUACAUCCAAAGUGUCACAGACCUGGAGUUUGUUGUCAUCAAAAUCGACACCCCAAUGUGUGCAACAAUUGCUGCAGUGUACAGGCCACCAAACUACAGUCUUGAAAAAUUCUUGCCGAAUUUAAGGGGCCUACUUGAUUAUCUGGACAUCGUAGACAAACAUCCUGUAAUCAUCAGUGGAGACUUUAAUGAGGACCUCUUAUCUGCUGGAAGAAAGGCUAUUCUGGAGAUGUUUCAAUCCAGGGGAUAUACACAGCUAAUCACAUCAGCUACAACUGAGAAGCACACACUACUGGAUCACAUAUACAUCUCACAUCCGGACUUGUGUCUUCAGUCGGGUGUGUUACAGACCUAUUACAGUUACCACAAUCCUGUGUACUGUAUAUUGCGAAAAUGACAUUCUGUGGUUGGCCAAUAUUGUCAUGUUUUUUGCCAUACGGAAUCCUGGGCAUCGACUACACAUUAACUUUCUUCAGGCUCUGUGGUGCUGGACGUGCAUAAUGUGGUGGUUAUGAUUGUGGUGUUUCGACAGAUGGAAUGAUGGGCAAUAAGUAUUAAAAGUUGCAAUAGGGCUCUGACAGCCUUAGCCAAUGGGUUGACUCGAAUGGUUGUGCACUAAUUGUUGUGUUGUUAUGCCAUACGAAACCGGGGGCCACUGAACCUGCAUUAACGACGACAGUGGGGGCUCACUGACAGCCUUAGCCAACGGGUUGGUGCGUAUGGUCGCAUUGUUUUGUUGUCUUGCGUUGUGUUGACAUGCCAUACAAAACCGGGGGCCACUGAACCUGCAUUAACGACGACAGUGGGGGCUCACUGACAGCCUUAGCCAACGGGUUGGUGCGUAUGGUUGCAUUGUUUUGUUGUCUUGCGUUGUGUUGACAUGCCAUACAAAACCGGGGGCCACUGAACCUGCAUUAACGACGACAGUGGGGGCUCACUGACAGCCUUAGCCAACGGGUUGGUGCGUAUGGUCGUGUUGUUUUGUUGUCUUGCAUUGUGUUAUCAUGCCAUACGAAACCGGGGGCCACUGAACCUGCAUUAACGACGACAGUGGGGGCUCACUGACAGCCUUAGCCAACGGGUUGGUGCGUAUGGUCGUGUUGCAAUGAGAUUGUGGCAUCUAUGGUCAUUUAACAGUGUUAUGGCAGUGAGUUACAAAGCAGGUACAGCAGCAGGAAGGACGAAGGAGUAAUGUGGGAGCACGAGGGAGGACACUAGGAAGUAAAGGCGGCGGCAGCAGCAGCAGCAUACAGGAUGCAGUGAGGAUUAGUGUGGCAACUCCAAGGAGGACACAGACAGUGAGGGCAACAGCGGCAUUGCAGGAAGAAUUUUGAGACGAUAGCAGUCCUAUCCAACAAUGGAUAUGAGUGUUCAAUAUACCAUCUAAAGCUAAGUGUUUUAAGAACUUGCUUCAGUCACUGUACUACUGCACAUUGUAACUACUUUUGGAGGAAUAUUUUAAGCUAAUUCUGAUUUUGAUGUUUUUCAGGAAGCGCCAGGUCAGAAUGUCUGAGAAGAUCAAGUGUGCUACAACACCGAUAAUGACAAGCUGGGUACAUUGGAAAGCUGGAUUUCUUUAAAUAAUGUGACCAAACCCAUUUGGCAUUUAGGACAAUACUGAAGACUAAAGAAUCAAAUGAAGAACCACAUUGAAGCAGUAGAGAGUGUCCAGCCUGUAUGCAAUGUCAGAUCCAGCGGAGAGAUGUCGGGAGCUGCUUCACUACACCACUCAUUGCAUUAAUUAAUUUCAUUUUAUUUAAAAUUUAGUUUUAUCAUAUUAAAUAAUUGGUUUCUAUAUAUAGAUAUUAAAAUAUAAAAUAUUAGUUUAAUAUAAUAAUUGGUUUCAAUAUAUAGAUAUAGAUAUAUAGAUAUUAAAAUAUAAAAUAUUAGUUUAAUAUAAUAAUUGGUUUCAAUAUAUAGAUGUAAAUAUAUAGAUAUUAAAAUAUAAAAUAUUAGUUUAAUAUAAUAAUUGGUUUCAAUAUAUAGAUAUUAAAAUAUAAAAUAUGAGUUUAAUAUAAUAAUUAGUAUCAAUAUAUAGAUAUAUAGAUUUUAAAAUAUAAAGUAU